CCGGAGCAGCAGGAGGAGGAGGAGCAGGAGGAGAAGGAUCGUCGUUGUGGCCGUGGUGUUGGAGGGCAUCGUGCCGUCCCAAGGGAUGCCCGGCGGGGCCCCCGGCCGCGCUCCCCAGGCCCGGCCAGCCCAGUCUGAAGACGAGGCUUCCUUCUGCCAACCUAAUAUGCCAGCGGCCCUCCUGCCCAAUGCUACUGUUGCAGCCCGCCGGACUUCCUGCCCCUAAGCAGCUAUCACCGCCUCCUUCUAUGUCAGUGGCUCCCGGCUCAGCGUUCCCCCUGCCGAGACCCCUGGGAUUGGGGCCUGCUCUGCCUCUCCCCGGGGAAGAAGAACUCGCGAAGGCCCUGGAACAAGAUUCGGCACUGGAGGGGUUAUGCAAGCCCUUGUUCUGUAAACUCUGUAAUGUCACCUUGAACUCAGCCCAGCAGGCCCAGGCUCAUUAUCAGGGUAAAAAUCACAGUAAGAAACUUCGAAACUACUAUGCAGCCAAUAGUUGUCCAGCUCCUGCCAGAAUGAGUAAUUCGGUAGAGCCUGCAGUUACAUCGAUUGUACCAGUUACUUCUCAGAUGGGCCCUUCCAAGCCGGGAGGCCGAAUAAUAAUGGCCACAGAGAACGAUUACUGUAAACUCUGUGACGCCUCGUUCAGUUCCCCAGCCGUGGCCCAGGCUCACUAUCAAGGGAAAAAUCACGCCAAAAGGCUGCGGCUCGCUGAGGCUCAGAGCAACUCAUUCCCAGAUCCGUCAGAUGUCGGCAAACGGCGGCCCCGGAAAGAAGGGAGCGAAUACAAGAUGAUGCAGAAUAGGAGAACUCCAUAUGCGGUUCAGAAUAAUGCAGUCAUUGAUGCUUUUCAAGAGGGACAAUCUCAGCGUCUAUCAGAAAUUGUGCAGGCAAACCUCCAGGGCUGA